ACUUUUAAGCGAGUUGGUCGAAGAACUUCAACAAAGGGAAAUAGGCGGUUAGGCACUUGUGUCACCAACUGAAUUUUCGUCUCAGUGGCAAUGUGAUCAUAAUCAAAACGUCUGUUUUAAGAGCUUUACGGAUAUUAAUUCGGGACAGAUCUGUCAAGAUGAUGAACUCAGGUAUUGGCAAUGGUGUCCAUGGCACCAUGACAGGAGGAAUCACCAUUGGUGGCUCUCAUAUCAACACAGGAAUUAUGGAGGAUGAAAUGAGUGAUGGCCCCUCCUCACCAGAGAGUGCAUUUGAUGCUGCUGAUCUCAUCCAUGGUUCAAUGACGGAUGAGGUGACAGCACAGCUAGCGGCUGCAGGACCUGUAGGAAUUGCUGCAGCUGCUGCUAUUGCCACAGGGAAAAAGAAAGGUCACCCUCAUCAGUUUGAGACGAAUCCAUCACGUCGGAAAAGACAACAAACACGUUUAUUGAGAAAGCUGAAAAACACCAUAGAGGAGUAUACCAUCCGAGUGGGCCAGCAGGCAGUGGUCUUGUGCUGCACGCCUGGCAGGUCACCUGGCACAGCUAGUUCCUUGUACAAAGUGUUUGGUUCUCAACCUCUGGAGAAUGUGAUUCGAACCUGCCGCAAUGUAGUUACCCAGGAGCUGGAGAAUGCUUUGCAAGAGCAAGCAGCACAAAAUCAGGGAGACAAUACACACUUACAUGAGUUACCUCCCUUGGUCAUCGAUGGGAUUCCAACACCGAUUGAUAAAAUGACUCAGGCCCAGUUGCGUAACUUCAUCCCCGAGAUGCUCAAGUACUCAACAUGCCGCAGUAAGCCAGGCUGGGGUAAGCCUGAAUGUCGACCCAUUUGGUGGCCCGCCGAUCUGCCGUGGGCCAACGUGCGAAGCGAUGCACGCUCCGAGGAUGAGAAGAAAAGGGUGUCAUGGACUGAGGCUUUGCGCACCAUCGUCAAGGACUGCUACAAACACCACGGCCGGGAGGAUCUGCUCCAUGUGUUUAGCGAAGAGAGUAGCACGGCUGCUGUGCCCAGUGGUGCACAGUUUGCAGGCACCAUGCUGCAGACUAUCAACAAUCCAGAUGGCACUGUGUCCAUCAUACACAUUGACACGGGUCCAUCAGGCAACUCUGUGGUCACUCUCCCCGACGGUACCCAGGCCACAGUAGUACAUGCUGUCAGUGCUGGACCACACCAGGUCAACAUGACGGAAGCAACUCAAGCUGUGCAGACACUAGCUGAGGUAGCAGCCAAUCAACAGGAAGUGACCCCGGUGUCACAGGUCAACCCGGUCACCGUGGAGAUGGCUGAUAGCCAAACAGCCAUGACAGCGUUCACAGCAGCCACGUUAAGCCAGAACGGACAAAUCAUCUUAUCUGGCGAUGGCUCUCUUGGAGGUAUCGUCACCAUUCCAGCCUCCAUGUACCAACAGAUGACAGGCCUGGCGCUGCCUGACUCUGCUCAAGCGACAAUACAACAGGUGGCUAUGGCACCAGUCCCCAAUAUGAAGACAGAGAUGGCAGAAGUUCUUCAGGGUGUAGAGGUGACCAGUGGGGAGGUGGUAGGCCAGCAGCAGGUUUCGUGACAGCGACUGGGAACGUGAUCCACGGAAAGAGGGUGCUUGUGCUGCAUGAUUGUGUGGAAUGAUAUGCUUGACUGUGUGAGCAAGAGUGUACUGUGAUUCGAUUUUCCUUGCAGACUGAAUGUGGGCCUUGUGAAAAUUCUCUGCUUUGAGAGAUGAUGUAAAAAUGCAGGCUUGUUGUACCUGUAUGUGUGUGUGAUCCGUGAUAUUAAACCCCACUUUUGGAUGGGGUAGGUGUUGUAUAUAAUGUUUUUGUAAUUUUGAAAACUUACCACUUCCAAUCUUUCAAAAUAGAUAUCUGCGGUGUUCUUUUAGCUUUUUUAUUUCCAGACGGGGGUUUCCCACUAUUCCGAAGCCCUCUUUUGGUACUUUGGUACGAAACCUGAAAGUGACAUACACAUCACUAUAUUUAGGUAAUGUAAACACGGCCUCGCGGGCACUCGCAGCCUUCCGACCGCGUGGUAUCGGUGAAAUCGGGGUAAUUUCGAUCUCUGUU